GUGAGACUCAAGAUGGCGGCCAAAAACGUUGUCAGAUGUGCAAAUUUAUUACGAUCAUCUUUGACUCGAAACCUGAGGAAUAAUUCAGUAGCUGGGUUAUGUGUUGCUGUGAAAAACCACAAGUAUCAAGGUGCCAAUAGCAAUGUGCUUGCAAGUAAUAACCUUGUCAAAAAUAGCCUCACAAUGUUUACAAAAUCUGCUGCAGCAGUAUCUCAGUUUUCAGCAACAAACCCUGUUAGUCUGCUUGGAAAUGUUGAUAUCCGUAGUCUUAGUACAGGAUCAAGUUCUCUGACAGAAGCUAGUGGAGAAGAUGAGGAUGAACAAAAUUGUCCACCGUAUUCAUCAGAUGUCAUGAAAAAUGUGCAAGAUGAAAUGUUAAAGGGUGAAUCAAGUGGUCAGAUAUUUGCUGUGGUUCAUUUAGGGGGGAGCCAAUUUAAGAUCACUGUGAAUGACACUAUAAUUAUCAACAGAAUUGAUGCAGAAACUGGAGAUAGAAUACGUAUUGAAAAGGUUUUAUUAGUGGGUGGAGAAAAUUUUACCGUAAUAGGAACCCCAUUGCUGGCACGAGACCUUGUGAAGAUUGAAGCAACAGUCUUGGAAAAAACAAAGGGCCCUAAGAAGAUAGUGUUUAAAAUGAAACGGAGAAAGGGUUAUAGGAGAUGGAAAGAACACUUUCAAGAUCUAACAGUUCUGAGAAUAAACAGCAUUCAAGUGCAGCCUUCACUUUUAUCGUCUGCUCAAUAAACGCUCUACCAUUUGUUAUCUCAUUGAGGGAGGAUUUUAACAAAGAUCCACAAACAAAACAUGGAAUCAUCUCCAUUGUAAAGUCCAUGCAUGUAACGGAACUUGAGCUUGUGAUUUGGUUCUUUUUGUAGAAAAUAAAGUAAAACUCGACGAAUGA